GGCUGAAAUCUCACUUUGUCGCGUGUACAAAAGAGCUGGAGUAGACGAGAACCGUCGACUCCCUCCACCCAAGCAAUCAUCUGUCACCAACGCAGCGAAGCACUCAACCCUUCAACAAUCAUCAACUUUCUUAACACAUGAAGAAGAAAAUGAUCUGCUGAAACUUAAUCAAAGCCAUGUCUUGGUCAGCAAUAACAUCAAGCCACAUGAACUCUUUUCUACCACAAGCACUCUCAUAGAAGAAGAAAAUCAUUCCCUUCUCAACAUAAAUAACUCGCAAAAUUCCUACACGUCACCGAGCUCUAUUUUUCCUUGUCCACAUGCGGCCAUUUCCACUGAUGCAGUUGAUGAACUCCAAAGGUUAGUUGGUUACAAUAACCAGCGUUUUAUGCAGCAAACCGACGAAAUCCAGCAUUUGCAAUCCUCUCAGUACCAGCUUCUUCGUCCUGCCCUCAACACGGUGCCGGUCUCAUUAUCUACAAUUUCUGAAAAGCUCUGGGAGUGGAAUGCUAAAUAUCCUAAUAACCUCCAGUGAGUAGCGUGAUAUAUCGCAUUGAUAUGCUAAGAGCUUCUAAAUACACUAUGGUACGU